CCAGAGGUCCGGCCAUGCGGCUCUGGGAGGAUGGCAUGCCCCUCACGAAGGGGCGCCAUCCCCCGCCUCAGGUCCCAAUUCCCUGGCUCGUCCCGAGCCUGCUCGCUGCCUUCAGUGGAGUCCUGCUGGUCGCUGUCAGUGGACUCUUCUUUGGUUUCCCUUGCAGAUGGCUGGCCCAGAAUGGGGAGUGGGCCUUUCCUGUUGUCACAGGACCCCUCUUCGUCCUCACCUUCGGCAUUCUCAUGUUUCUAAACAUCUCCGACCCUGGUAUCUUGCACCAAGGCUCCAACGAACAGGGCCCCAGGACGGUGCGUGUGGUUUGGGCGAAGCAUAUAGCCUUCCGCCUGCAGUGGUGCCCACAGUGCUGCUUCCACCGCCCGCCGCGGACCUACCACUGCCCCUGGUGCAACAUCUGUGUGGAGGACUUCGACCACCACUGCAGGUGGGUGAACAAUUGCAUAGGUCACCGGAACUUGGGCUUGUUCAUCCUGCUCCUCCUGUGCCUAUGCUUGUACUUGGGCUCCAUGCUUGUCACCUGCAUGGUCUUCCUCCUGCGCACCACCCACGUGCCCUUCUCCAUUGACAAGGUCAUCGCCAUCGUCGUAGUGGUCCCCGCUGCCGGCUUCCUGGUGCCUCUCUUGGUGCUUCUGCUGAUGAAGGCCAGGUCGAUGAGCACCGCCCAGCGCUCCUACGAGGACAAGUACCAAUACCUACAUGGACACAACCCUUUCGACCUUGGCUGUGGCAAAAACUGGUAUUGGACACUUUGUGCAGCGCUGGGACCCAAGUACAUGUCCGAAGCUGUCGGGCUGCAGAGAGUGGUGGGGCCUGACUGGGUGCCCACGCGGAACCUGCACUUCCCGACGUGCCCCUCCAUGCCCAUUCCCGAAGCCCUCCCUGGGCUGGGGUCUGGCCGCCAGGUCCAACCUCUGGAUCUGUACCAAGCAGGGCAGGAUCCUCCAGGGAGUGGUGAGGCUGCAGCCCUCCAGGAGAUCCACACCGGCCGGCCCAGUGUGGCCCCUGCUGCUCAGGCCCCAGAGGCGGCUCGAUCUGCCUCUCACCCAUUUGCACUGGGAGAUGCCAGGAGACCCGGCACCUGA